GGGUGGUGCUCCCCGCCGCCGGCUGCCCCUGCCCUCUCGGCGCCCCGCUCUCCAUGGCUGGCUGGCCGUACUCCUCCCGGUGCGCCCUCCUCCCGCAUCUCGCCAGCCCCGGCAACUUCCCCUCAGCCAGCCUUUGCCCCCAGGCCGCCCCGGCAUGGGCUAGACCCCGAGCCGCUUCUCGCCGUCUCCCGUCCGGUCCGCGCUCGGUCUCGCCCCUUUAGCCCGCCUCGCCCGUCCCCGCCGUUCCCCCGACGGUCAGCCCAUCCCUCGGUCGGCUUUUCCUCCGCGGGGCAGCGGUGGAGAACCAGCGGGCUCUGUAGGAGCGGGCGCCCCCACCCUGCUCCUCCUCCCGCUCCUCCGCGCUCCCACUCGUCGGGAUCCCCGCGUCCCGCACCGAGGGACGCGCCGACCGACGUCCUUUCCCUGCGGCCGUGCGACCCGCCCGGGGGCUGGACCCGGCGCCCACUUCUUCGCAGAAGAUAUAUGUUGGGGAAAGGAGGAAAACGGAAGUUUGAUGAGCAUGAAGAUGGGCUGGAAGGCAAAAUCGUGUCCCCCUCCGAUGGUCCGUCCAGGGUGUCUUACACCUUACAGCGCCAGACUAUCUUCAACAUUUCCCUUAUGAAACUGUAUAACCACAGGCCCCUGACAGAGCCCAGCUUGCACAAGACUGUCUUAAUUAACAACAUGUUGAGGCGGAUCCAGGAGGAACUCAAGCAGGAAGGCAGCCUGAGGCCUGCAUUCAGCCCCUCUUCCCAGCCCAGCGACUCGAUGAGCGAUAGCUACCGGGAGGCCCCACCUGCCUUCACCCACCUGGCCUCGGCUCCUGCUCACCCCUGUGACCUAGGAAGCACUACACCCUUGGAGGCCUGCCUCACCCCUGCCUCCCUGCUAGAGGAUGACGAUGAGACUUUUUGCACUUUGCAGCCUGUGCACCCUGCAGCCCCUACCAGACUCUCUUCCCCAGCCCUCCCACCAGAAAAGGACAGCUUCUCCUCCGCCUUGGACGAGAUCGAGGAGCUCUGUCCCACAUCUACCUCCACGGAGGCCGCGGUGGCCGCGGCGGCCCCUGAUGGCUCCAAAGGACCCUCCAGCGAGUCCAGCACCCAGAAACCUGAGGGGCCCCAGGAAAGCCGCACCGAUGACUCGAGGUUUAUGGACUCUCUGCCUGGGAAUUUUGAAGUAACCACGUCCACGGGUUUCCUGACAGACCUGACCCUGGACGACAUCUUAUUUGCUGACAUUGACACAUCCAUGUAUGAUUUUGACCCCUGCACAUCUGCAUCGGGGACAGCCUCAAAAAUGGCCCCUGUGUCAGCUGAUGACCUCCUCAAGACCCUAGCUCCCUACAGCAAUCAGCCUGUCGCCCCGAGUCAGCCUUUCAAAAUGGAUCUCACAGAGCUAGACCACAUCAUGGAGGUGCUUGUUGGAUCCUAAGACCUGGGACCCCGUGACUGCGCAAGCACCCCGCAACCCCGACAGACACUUUUUCUGCACUGUGCAUGUACCUUGCUUGCCUUUUUCAGAGAAGAACACUUUACAAAAGUAUCACACUAGUAUUUUCUUCAAGCAGAGUUGGAGUGCCUUCAUUUGAGUAUGACCACUUUUAAUACACUCUGCUGGGUAGGUUCCUCAGAGACCUACUGCCCUGGUGUAGGAGAGAAGACAUUUGAAGACUGUGUUGCUAAUGUUAAAAGGUGAACAUGAACAGUUCAAGUGAAGCACAAGGGAUUAAGUUGGAAAAGCUGUAAAUUGCAUGUGCAUAUUUGUCUAUUUUUUUCUAUAAGUUUUAUUGCAAGAGGUAAAAAAAAAAAAAAAAAAAAAAGAAUCUAUAUCUCUAUUACUUGGGUAAUCUCAGUACCUUUUCUGGCGUUUUGCCCUGUGUGAGUUGACUUGGCAAUUCAGCCUUUUUAGAGGCAUUAACUCCUCGUAAGUGUUGCAUUUACAUGGCUGUUUAGAAAACUGCUGCCCAAAUUUAUUUUAUAUUUUUGUACAGAUUCUGCAGUUUAUGAUAUUGUUUUUCUAAAAACAAAUGCUGUUUAUACAUAUGAGAUAGCUAUUUUGAUAGGAUUUGCUCACAUAGUUCCUGCAAACGUAAGAUGUACAAGUUGUACUUGUACUUUUAUAGAGUUGUAAUGUUUUAUAUGUGUAUGGUGCAAGAGAAAAUUGGAUCAAAUCAAUCUGCAGUUGAUGCCCCCAAAUGCAAAUACACACGGCGCUUUAAUAAAGGGCCAGGUGAUCUGACACCCAAAUUUCACAAGCACCAGCCCCUGGCACAGUCACCUGCCAGCAGCCAGCACCGUGACUCCCAAAGCUAGAGAGAGCCCUGCGGGCUCAUCAAACUCGCAUUAAGCAAUUGGCCAGGAGAUGGCUGUUGGUGUGGCCUGGCUCCUCAGCUCCCUCUUUUGAGCAGAGGCUGAAUCACUUGUGGCCGGCUGUGGUGCCGUGCCCCUGUAAUUCCAGCGCUUGGGAGGCGGGGGCAGUGGAUUUUUGUGAGUUCCAGUCCAGCCAGAGCUAUACAGUAAGAACCCUUUCUCAAGGUAGGGGUGGAUUAAAAAAAGAAAGAAAGAAAAAGAAAAAAAAAAAAAAAAGACUGUAUUUAUGCCAAGUUUGCUCUUUUCAUUGUUUUUAUUUUAUUUUAUUUUUUUAAAUGAAAACCCAAGUCUUUCCCUUUGGGCAUAGCUUUUGUGAUGAGACCACAAUUUUACAUAACAAAAUUUUACAACAAGCAACUGACCUCUUCAUGGAGCUGAGCCCUGCUUUAGAGCUUAGGGUUCGUAAAGAAGAAACUCUCCAGAAGGCAUCAUCAUGUUGCUGAACUGCCCUUCCCAGUGUCCUUUCCCUGGGGCUUUUGUUCCCUCUGUUGCUAAGAGCUGCAAAUGGCAUCUUCAUGAUCACCACAGUGAGCUCUGCUCACCUCAGCCAGCCGGGAUGCAUUCUCCCAACAUCUGUAGCCAGAGCCUCAGUCUGUCACCUGAUGGCACGGUGUCCAGUAUGGUCGCUUUCCUUAAUUAACUGCUAAUUUAACUAUACUUCACUGAGUUGUUAUUCCCAAAUACAUAGACAGGAAUUUCUGUGCAUGUUUCUGUCUCUCGGCCCCUUAAGCAGCUCAUUAUUUCCAGUCGUCCUUCCCCCACCGCUGCCCGUUGUAAUAGUCUCAGUGUAUCAUGGCCGUUGCUGAGAUGGCCUUUCUGGUUCAGCUUUUCCUUCCUUGCGGCGGUACUUCAGCUGCUGAGUGCACGUUACAGCGUAUAUUGGUAUGCAGACGGCUUCUUUAGGUAGAACUUUUAUAUUUAUUUAAAAAUUUUAAAUUAUGGGAUUUUGUUUUUGUUGUCUUUGUUGGUCAUUUGUCAGUAUACAGUCACCAGUUCUGCUCACUUCUUGCCAUGGAUAAAACUGGGUCUUUCUGGCCGAUUAAGAAGAUACGUUUAUAAAUGGCACUUUAAACAAGCCAUAGAUAGUUUUAUUUUUAUAAUGCGCAUGGCAAGCAAAUGUGCGUGUGAUGAAGGAGCUGCUCACCCAAGCAAAAGAUGUGUGUAUGGUGUGACUAAUAUCUUUUUAUAUUCUAUUACCCUUUCCCCACUUGAAUGUGUGAAAGGCUGAUUGUCAGCUCUGUAGAGCAAGAGAAGAAGCUGGUCCAUCUGUACGUGUUCUCCCUCAGGCACCUCCGCACACACCUCUCACCGCUACACGUGUGUGUUUCCUUUGAUGUAGGACCAGGGACCAUAUGAAGAGGUGAGGGUUGUGUAGAUGCUCCAGUGUCAUUGUGCCUGUCCGCUCUAAGAACUUUCUUUCUUGUGGAGAGCAGGUCUGUCUGCCCGUGCUUUGUGUUUUAGAACUGGAGGACCUGUGAACUGGCCACGCGCCACACACAUCUGCAUCCCUGUGCACAUACAGUAGUGUUGAUUAUUCCCAGUGAGAACGGCACAAAGCAGGUGAUUGCCGUUGUCAAAAACUGAUUUACAGUAACUUAGAACAACUGUACUGUUGUUGGAUUAGCAAAUCGUGUGUUUAAACAAUCCCAUAUGUUGGGCAACAGUUCAAAUAAGCACAGAGAAACAUUGCCCAAACUUGGUUCUCUGACUCUAGUGCAUUUGUAAGGCUGGGCUUCAAAACCAAAACACCCACUUCCAGCAACGCCGGCAUGUACUUAUUCUUGAAACAUGCAUGGCUAGCUAAUGGCCCAUUUCAGGAAGAGCAAGCCCAUCAAGAGUUAAGACUAUCUUUGUGUCCUACUUAUGUGAAGCAGUGUCCCAAAAGGGAAGCGCUGGAGCCAGAGUGAGAUGCCUGAGUCCCAAGUUGAGUGUGGGAUGUGCUUCUAGACACUUCCUGACAGUAGUGUCUCACCUUCACAAAGACAGUCUUGUGGCAUGCAGAGCCAGGCAGAAGCCUGCGGUGCCCAGGCCUGAGGAGCUGGUUAUGGGCCGUGAUGUGCAAUGGCCUGACAGGGUGAGAACAGGAUCCUGAGAGACUCCAAGUAAUGGUUUCCCCAUAAGUUAUUUAUUCCUUUUUUUUUUCUGUGUAAAUAUAUUUAUUUUACUGUGGCACUCUAAUAACAUCUGGGUGGUAUGGUGCAGAAUGUGUGGUAGGAAUGUAUUUCUUGUAGGAAUGUAAAUCUGUAUUAAAAGGGGGAGCCAAGCCAGCCCCCACCCUGUCUUUUCAUCAGAUACACAGUCCAUUUUCAUUUUUACUCUCAUCUCCAAUAUGGGUCUAUUUAAAAUAUGCAAAAGGUGUGGAUGAGGAAUGUUUUAAUACCUCCAAAUUUUUAAGAAAAUCAAGCAUAAAAGGGUUGAUAAUUUUUUAAAAUUUUCUUAGUACUUUUCACCUGAUGACAGAAGGGGUGACACACAGGCGCCCACCUUCAUACCAAAGGGUGAGAAGUGACCACAGCCUCCCACACCACUCUUAGCAAUUGAGCUUUUUAUUGCCAUAGCCCCAACUGUCCUGAGGUCAAUCAAUGACGUAAGCUCCAAAGAGCCAAAGUAUCAACUUACGGAUCAUUUUUUAAAGCUUAAAUUUAUUACCGCCUUUGCAGUAAACAAUGAAUUAUGAAUACUGCAAGGGCAGCCUUCUUAAAUGACAGACAAAUUAAAAAAAAAAAAAAAGACUGUUUGUGCAGCGACCGUUCCUCUACUCUGUGAAUUGUCUUAAUUUUGAAACCUUGCUCUUACAAAUUGGACUGUUUUACAUCUCUGAAAGUAGCAGAAAGAGCAUCUCUGACGCAUCCUAGCUGUGCCGCCCUGCACCUGGGUGCCAGCAGGGUGUCCAACUGCCCGUGUACCUGGUUGUUCCCAGUGCUUCCAAGAGUGAGUCUACAUGGUUCUCAAAAGUUAGCCAGGGUCAAAUGCUCUUGCAGACAAAGCCAAUACAAAUUUUGGACUUCUUCUGGGGAAUUGGGGAGAAAAGAGUAGUCCAUCUGUACAACUAAAGUGUUGAAGGUGUACAUGGGGACAUGUUGGGGGCAUGGAAUUUGAGGAGUGCUUUUUGUUGGAAGGAGGUGUGACCUUUCCCCACAGACCUGAGAGCUGUGCCUUUUCUAUGCAAUAUUACAGAUGUCACAUCAGAACCCAGAGGGCUGUGUUCAAUGUAGGUUCAUUCAGGCUGUAUUCUAAACAAUUGGACAGAUUAAAUGUACAUGGAAAUGAGCAGUCUUUUGUAGUUUUAUAUUAUACAAUAAACAGUUAAAAGAUGA